AUCGAAGCGUUUUCCUCUGCACCUCUAUCAGACCAACACACCGCUCAUCCUACGUCUAAUUUGUGUCCAUGAUGGCGUACUAUUUCUGAUCCUUCUGUCUGGCAUUAUGUGGGGUGCCUGUUUGGCGCCUGGCCAACACUCGCACGAGAACCUUAGGAGAGUGCAGCUCUUAAUUUGACAGAUAUCCCCAGUGCGGCCGGGAUCGCGCUCCCAAGCGGCGCAGCGGAGGAGCUUAUAAACCCCUUCGAUGAACGCAUAUGUAGAAACAUUCACAGACUACCAGUGACAUAUCUCAUCAGACUCUGCAACCAUGGAACCCCCGUACCCAUCUCUUACGGCCACCUGGCACAACGACACAUACCCAGCGAUUGAUCCCAAAGGAAAAGAGCUCAGUCAGGCCGGCAAGACUGUCGUCAUCACCGGCGCAGGCAGCGGGAUUGGACGCGCGACCGCAAUUGCCUUUGCAGAAGCUGGAGCGAAAACUCUAGUCCUUAUCGGACGCACACUAUCCACUCUUCGCGAAACCCAGGAGCUGAUCCCUAAUAAAGAGCUGUGCAAUACCCACGCAUAUGCUUGCUCAGUCACUGAUGAGGCUGGAAUGAAGGGCAUUGCUGAUCGUGUUGGUGGUUGGGAUGUGCUGAUCCUGAAUGCUGGAUAUACCUCGCCUCCCGGACUGAUCGCCCAGGGGCCGCUGGACGAGUUUUGGAAGAACUACGAAGCCAAUGUCAAGGGUAUCGUCGUGACUGCGCAGGCAUUCAUCCCUACUGCAAAGUCGAACGCUGCGAUGUAUGCCAUGGCCGCCGGAAGUAUGGUGUUUCCACCCCAGAUGACGCCGUAUCUCGGAGGCUACGAGACAUCGAAGAUCGCUCAGAUGCGCGUUAUGGAGUUCCUUGCUGCGGAGAACCCGCACCUCUUUGUGUGCUCCGUGCAUCCGGGCCUCGUAGACACGAGCAUUUUCAGGCGCGCGGGCGCUACUCCAGAUGCGCUGCCCAUGGAUACUGUGACGUUGCCGGCCCAUUUCCUGGUGUGGCUGUCGCAACCGAAGACGAAGUUUCUUAAUGGGAAGAUGGUCUUCGCGAACUGGGACGUCGACGAGAUGUGUGCAAAGGCGGAGGAAAUUAAGAGUACGGAAAUGCUGACUCUGGGCUAUGUGGGAUGGCCGUUCAUGAAGACUAGCUAGGCUACUUCAUGACUGCGUGUUAUGAGGCAAUCAGGCGACGUUGAGGCCGAUGUAUGCGGGCGUACGCGUAUGAAUCCUCUCAAAAAGAAUGUUCGAGUCCGUCGUUUCAAUUGUAGCUUACUUGGGUUCGACCCAGUUGCAUCAAGG